AUGAAAUUAAACUAAAAAUUAUUAGAUAGAUUAGAAGAGUCUUUGGCACAGAGUUUUGUUCAAAAAUAUCAAGAAGAGAAAAAUAGAAAAGUUGCUCCAGAAGAAUUCAUCAGUGAUGAUUAUAAGGGAAAUUUUAGGGUAAGGCAAGUUGGUGAUAGACAAGAAAACAUGAAGAAAAGUAAAUUUGAUGCAAUGUCUACUGCUACAUCAAAUUUCUAUAAAGAGACAACUACACCUAAUUCAUCUAAACCUCAUUCAUCUAUUAAUACUUCUAAAUUAUUAGAAUAAAGUAAGAUUUCUUAACUAAAACAAUCAAUUAUAACUAACAGAAUUACAUCUGCAUAACCUACAAGGCCUUUAAUGAUAAAAAAAUUAUAAAAAAAUACAGAACAAUUAUCAAUAGAAACUAAAGAAUAAAAACCUCCAAUAUUUGCAUUAAAAAGGUUAUCAUCUACCAAAUAGUAACAAUAAGAUGAAGAUAAGUCUAUCACACAGAAUUAGGAAUAAAGUCUCAAUAAUUCUUUAGUGUCUAAACCUUCAAUAUUAAGAAGAUCUUCAUUGACAUCUCAAGGAAAAAAAAUUGAAAUAAAAAAAGAUUAAGAUAUAGAAACAAAGAAAAUAUCUCUAAUAAAAAAUUAAGAAUCUCAAAUAUCAGAACCAGUAUUUUAAUUUUAAAUUGCUAAAAAAAAAAUUGAUGAUAUGAUAUAUGAUAUUAUGGAUAUAGAUACUUUAUAAGAAAUUACAAAAAAAAAUGAAGUACAAAUAUUUCUCUAAAUUUUAGAGUUAGUUUGAUUAAAUUACAUCCAUUUAAUUUAGAUUUAAUACUAUGAAUGAUUCAUUAUAUAUGUUAGGAGAAUACUUAUCAAAUUUACAAGAACUUAAAUUGAAUAAUUCUUAGAUAGAAUCUUUAAGAUUAUUAGGGACUAAAUUGAAUAACUUACAAGUUCUUUGGAUUAGCAAUUCAAAAUUAACUGAUAUUUCUGGUACAACUAUAAUAGUUAUACAAUAUUAGGAAUUAUGAGUAUGCCAAAUCUUUUAGAAUUAUAUUGUUCAUUUAAUAAUAUCAAAGACAUAAGUCCUUUAGCUUUUCAUGAAAAGAUAUCCAUUUUGGAUAUUGAAGGUAAUGAAUUAGCUGAUGAAUUCUAAAUUGAUUAUUUAGAAUCUUUAAAUUUACAAUAAUUAAUCAUUAGUUCAAACCCAUUAAUCAGAGAUGAUUAAUUAAGGGAUAAACUUUAUAAAAAAUUACCAGCUACUGAGAUUUAUAUUGAUGAUAAUGAUAUACCAACAGAAUCUUAAAUUAUUUCAGAGACAAGCCAAAUUAAAUAGCUUUAUGAUAUAGCAGAAAUGAUGGAUUCUAAAUUUGAUGUAUUUUUAUUUACUCAUUUUUAGCUAAUAAAAGUAGAGGAAUUAAAGGAUCUAGAAGAAAAAGUCAAAUAUUAAUUAGAUAAAGAUUUAUUAUAAGAACCUGAUGAAAAUAGAAUAUUGAGUUUAUCGAUCAAAUAAAAGCCUCUUGAAAAGUCAAAAUUAAAGCGACCAUAAACUGCCCAGGUUCAAUAAACAUUUACUGUAAAGAAUUAAGUUUUAUACAACAAGCCCGAUCCCACCUCAGAAUUAGUUGGAUUAGAAGAAGCUUUUGCAGGAAAUCCCUUAAAAGCUGCCAAAAAAUACAAAUAAAAUAAAGAAUAAAUUUUUGAUCCUACUGAUAGGAAGAGUAUUGACAUAUAAACUUUAUUAAAUAAGUUCAAAUGA